AUGUCCGGCGAACCACUCACCAAGGUCGACUCUGCCGUCCAGGGCCUCGGCACCUCCCCACCCAAGGAGACCAAGCACAGGAGAGCAUCCUCCAGCGCUGCUGGUGUGAUGAACAUCAAUGACCUGGAGGCCCAGGGCAUUGAGCUCCAAAUUGCAAAGGAGACGCAAAAGACGGGGUGGAAGAUCAACACCUCGCCAAGCACAAUAGAGGAGAAGGACAUGCUCAAGAAGCUGCUCACCACCCCCCCAGUCAAGAAGAUUGACCUGCACUUCCCAUUGGGACUCGAAGUAACGGCGAGGAACCUCAAGGGUGUCACCAUCAAGGAUGCGCUGGACGCUAUCCACAAGCAAUUCAAGAAGAGGGCUGACGACGAGCUCGAUGAACCAUACCUCAAGGGCUUCGAGUGGGACAAGGAGGAGUCAUGGACCAAGCUCAUUGUCCAUCUGUCCAAGGAUGCCGGUGUAGCGCCCGGCGGCGGCUCCAAGAAGAAGAAGAAGCAGGCUGCUGACGAGUAA